AUGGAGUACCGCCCGCUGCACAUCACCUUGAAAUCAGCCGAGGGUUUGAAGAACGCGAGCCUCUUCGGCAAGAUGGACGUCUACGCCGAGAUCUCAAUCGCCGGCUACCCGCAGUCCGUCAAGCGGACGUCCGUCGACAAGAACGGGGGCACCAGCCCCAAGUGGAAGAAGGACCAUCCCAUGGAGUUCAUCGUCGACGAGCCCUACCUCACAAAGCCUGGCCUCUCCCUCCUCUUUCAGCUCAAGGACGAGUGCUCCUUCGGACCAGACAAGGUCAUCGGCUCCGCCACCGUCCCGAUCCACGACCUGUUCAAGCCCGAUUCCGACCUGACCCGGGACAACACCGUCGAGUACCAGAUCUACACCCCAUCCGGCAAGCCCAAGGGUUCCCUCAAGUUCUCUUACAAAUUCGGGGAGAAAUUCACGCACCAGGCCCCGGCGGCGGCGCCGGAGACCAAGGAGAAGCAGCACGCGCCAGAUCCGGUGACGGCGUACCCCGCCGCGGGCGGAUCUGCCUACCCGCCGCCUGCCGCUCCGUAUCCUGGUCAGGCGUACCCGCCGCCGGGCGCGGCGGGGUACGGGGCAUAUCCGCCUCAGGGGGGCGCGUACGGGUACGGCGCGCCGCCGCCUCCGGGGUACGGGUACGCGCCGCCGCCGCAGGGGUACGGUUAUCCACCUCAGGGGGCGUACGGGCAGCCUCCUAAGAAGAACAAGGCGGGGAUGGGGGCAGGGUUAGGGUUAGGAUUGGGGGCUGGGCUGCUCGGAGGCUUGUUGGUUGGGGAGAUGGCGUCGGAAGCAGGGGAGGCGGCUGCCUAUGCGGAUGGGUACGGAGACGCCAUGGAUGGCGGCGGCUUUGAUUUCUAG